AUGACGCGUUAUAGUGUUGACGUCGACGCGCUGGUGGGGCGUGAGCCAUUCGCUUGGGUGAGCCAUUCGCUUGUGAACCACGUUAGAUGUAGUAGUCUCUCUCUCUGGACAUAUGUACCAAUCCCCCUAUUGGUCUCUUCCAUCCUCGUUCCACAAACACACUCAUCAAUCCCUUCCUUCCAUAUCUCCUAUGCUCCCACUCUCCUCAUACCGACUACAAAAAAAAAGAGUUAA